CACAAUUUAUAGGAAUAUUUAUUUUCAAAGGUUAGUUUGUUGCCAAGGGAUAAUUGUUUAUUUUUUGUUAUGUGACUACUCAUGACAUGGACAUUCAUGAGCUUAAUAGAAAAAGAAAUCUAUAAAGCAUGCUCAAACUGUUAUAACUGCUUAUGAAUUUACUGUUUGCCCUUUUUUUUUUUGCUUUAGAAUAACUUUUCAACUCACUAGCAACAGUAACCAAGGAAAUAUAAAUCCAACAGCCUAGAAUUACAACUAUUUGAAGAGAUUCAUGCUUUCAAUGUACUGCUAUAUUUAUUCUUUUAUUCUGGACACUUCCCUGUUUCUGAAUUCCUCUCCAAAUGUUAGAAGCAAUAAACAAAAUCUGCACUAAGGUUUGUUAAAGGCUUAUAGUAUGUUUUGCAAUAAAAAAAAAAAAGUCUUCAUUUUCCAUAAUCUUUACCUUCCCUUAAAGCAAAGUACACUCUGUGGAUAAGUAUUAUUUCUGACAUAAUAAAGCAGAAUAUGAUGAAAUAUUACAAAGAGAAUGUUAGAUAUAAACUAGUUACCCAAGUGCUAUAGACCACUCCUGAAACAUCAGCUCUCCAAAGGAAUUUGCACUCUCAUUAAUCAGAAUUAAACUAUUUGUAACACUGAAAGUGAAUAUUUUAAUCUUUAUGAAGUAAUUUCUCGACAGAUUUUUUUUCUCCUCCAACUGACCACGUGCACAGAAAGGAUAAACAAAUUUGCCAGUUGUUUAUUACUUAUAUAUAUCCUUGGCAAGGUUUCAUUAAAAAAAAACAAAAACAAAAAAACCUCUUCUUUCUCAUUCCAUGUCUUGGGCAAUCAGGGAUGCAGUAGUUGAUAUCUGUGAACAUUCUCUGAUUAGCCAUUAACUGAAGAUAUAGAAGCAAAAGAAAAAUAUUUUAGAGAGAGAAAAGUCAAAUAGUUCAUGCUGACUUUAAGAUACUGAUGACAAAGCUGUGAGAAUUAUAAAGUACGUAGGGGUUUAACCUAAAAUUUGUUUAUACCUUUGAUCUUAGUAAACACUGUACUGAUAAAAAGGAGUUUGUUCAGAUCAAGAAUAUGCUGGCAUUCUCUUAAAUAGCAUAAAACCACAGAGCUGAAGCAUAAAACAACUUGGACAAAGAUAGCCAGUCAAGCAUAAAAAUGGGAGUUGGUUGUGUCAGAACAGAUUAAGAGGCUGAAGGCUGUCCGCUAAAGACAGUUGUCUUGCCAUCAAUGAAGGCAAUUAUCAUCACUAAAAGUUCUUUUUCUGAUAUAUUAUUUUAAACUUUUGUCAUAUUAUAUUUAAAAUGCUCCUUAUUUAUAAACUAUUACAUCAUUUUCUUAUCUGCAGUGUCCUUCUUGGGAUAACCACAAAUUUGAAAACAGUCCAAAAUCUUGUUCAUGGUUUCCUACAAGCAUAGAAAGACUCACUUAUUGUAUCUGGAGUUAGGAGAAUGUGUUUGGGUUUUACUUUUACUUUCUUUUAAAAUAUAUAUCGCUAUUUUAAAAAUAUAAACAUCCAAUGGCAUUCCCUCACACCAAAAUGACUCCUAAGGCAGAAGAUCUGUUUGUAGCAUGAACAUUUCACUCACUCAGAAGGAUGCCCCAAAAGCUCUGCUCAGUUAUGGCCAAGGAAGUAGCAUUAUUAAAUGCCUCAUGACUUGACAGUUAUCCUCUAUUAUUCCUGCUAAACCACACUUCCAAAAGAUCAUCCGAGAAAUCUGGCAAACCACUGUAAUGACACUUGUAAAUUGGAUCCAUUAAAAGCAAUCCACAGUGUCCUGUGGGUGGGCAUCCGACUGUUAAUUACUGGGUAAAUAAUUUACAUGCAACUUUAUUCCGAAACUAGAUAUACAUUAUUUGUAGGCUAUUUCUCAGGAGCACCAGUUCCAACCCAGGAACAAGUCAACGGAGUAUUUCUAAAUUAUCAUUUGAAAUUUCCACUGUCAAGGGUGGGAGGAGGAAGGAACAGUAACGGGAAGACUUGUCAGCGAUUAGCCAUCCAUAAAAAUGUUUUCCCCCACGCUCCUCCUUCCGAUCACAAUGCUGGCGUCAGUUAGUCUCCUGUAUCUGUUCCCCACCUCGCCCCCCUCCCCUCUGCGGAGAGCUGGCACCGAAUGGCAGGCGAAGGAAAAGACAAACAUCCCAGCUCCCAACACAAUCCAACCGCUAGCCCGGAGACACUUGAACAACAUUCCUAACUUUUUUUUUUUUCUUCCCACUUCGCGUGCUUCAAAGCCCCCCACUUUCGGCCACAACAAACGGUUACUCAGCUCUGAGUCUGCGUCUCCACCGCGCCUGUCCUCGGUGCUCGACCCCCGCGCGGUGCCCAGCCCGGGUGCCGGAGAGCUAGCGCGCAUCCCUGCCCACGCCCUGGGCCACAGCCCCGCUCGGCCGGCGCCCCCGCCGCGGGACGAGCAUCCUCCUACAGGUCCCAGGUGCCCGCUGGCUGGGCGGCUGCGGCGGCGGGGAGGGCGCGCGGCCAACUCUCCGGAGCUGUCCCCUUCGGCCCCACCCCACCCCAAACAGGCUCCACCAAGAAAUACGGGGAUGGAAGAGUACAAAGAACCAAGCCACACACCAAAGGGCCUCGGAGACUUCCCCCGGGGAAGAACAAUUUAG